AUGCACCUCUCCGUCUCCGCCCUCCCAUCCCUCCUAACGAUCAUCACUCCCCUCAUAACACUUACCCUGCCCCCACCAACGACCGCCUGGGCCUUCGCCUACACCAACCAAACUGGCAACACCCGCUUCAUCCACGGCUACGAAAGCGACCUGCGCAAAUGCACAGUGGCGAACAUCGCGAAAGGCAAACUCGUCGACUAUGACUCGCAAGGCGACCGCGUCUGCGUCUCCAUCUUCCGCGACGAGACCUGCACCGACAGCGCGGGCUACGCGUGCCACACGCACGUGCACAACGCGAGCGCGAACUUCGCUGCUUACUCGAUUUAUCCGCGGGAGGAGGAGGCUGGUGGGGGUGGACUGAGUGGCGGGGCCAUUGCGGGGAUUGUGGUUGGGGUUGUGGCUGCUUGUGCUGGGGCUGGGGGGCUAUUGGGGAGGGGGAGUAAGAGGGGGUCUGGGGAGUCGAGUGCGAGGGGGCAUACUGCUCAUGGGGAUGGAGAUGGGGAUGGAGGUGGGGAUGGGGAUGUGGGUGCGAGAGAGUCAGAGUUUGAGAGGCCCUCUGAGUUGAUGGGGGAUGCAGGGCUGAGUGAGAUGAGUGACAGUCAUCGCGUUGUGGAGCUGGGGGACAGUGGUCGUGUGGAAAGACAUCCUCAAAUGAAGGUCGCGGAGCUAGGGUGA